UCAUGCUCGCUGAGGCGCGCGGCAGAACGCUUAUAAGUCAACACUGUAGCUCCAUCUUAUAUUCCAAGUGACAGGUCAAUCGUCAGCUGCACCAACUCCUGAUCCUUGCCAACUCUGUUAUCCCGUAACCAACGUCUUGACCAUGUCGCGGGCCUCAACGUCCAUUGAGUUGCAAAGCUACCCCGAAACCACGCAGGCUAUCACGCAUCAGCCCAGCGUUUUUCAGAAAGGCAGUGAUCCACUAUUAUUGGCUACAGACCCUCAGAAUGCCGUCUCAGCCGAAGUGCUGGGAAAGCCAGACAACAAGACAACGGCAAUCGUCAUGCUAACGGUAGUAUUUGUGACCAUGACUAGCUCAAUGCUUAGUGGUGUUGUCGCAGUGGCGCUACCAUCGAUUGCAAAGGAAUUGAAGUUGGGCCCUGAUAUACUUCUAUGGCCCAUCUCAAUCUACGCUCUCACUUGCGGUUGUACCCUGCUCUUGUUCGGCUCCAUCGCAGACGUCGUUGGCUCCAGACCCAUGUAUCUGAUCGGGUGCUUUCUCCAGGCUGGAUUUACGCUCGCCUGUGGUCUAGCGGAAACUAGCACCCAGAUAAUUGUGUUCCGUGGCUUUGCCGGAAUCGCCAUAUCAUUCUGUCUCCCUUCAGCGGUGAGCAUCAUUACCAGUACCUUCCCACAGGGCAAGAGCAGGAACAUUGCAUUUGCCUCAAUGGGGGGAGGCCAGCCAAUUGGAUUCAGCAUCGGGCUGGUGCUUGGUGGUGUUUUUGCUGAGACUAUUGGGUGGCGGUGGGCAUUUCACAUCUCAGCCAUCAUCAACAGUGUCGUUUUUGCGGUAGCUGCAGUAGGGCUGCCCAAAGUUCCGAACGAACAAGAAGGUGUCUGGUCUCGCCUGAAGAACGACAUCGACUGGAUUGGUAUUUCAAUUGGAAGUGCGGCCAUAGCACUUCUAUCCUUCUGCUUCAGCGUGAUAGCAAAGCAAACCGAAAAAAUCAAGGAAGCGGAAACGCUAUCCACUCUUGUCCUCGGCGUUGCCCUAAUCCCCUCCUUCAUCCUCUGGGUCGGGCGACAGGAAAAGCUUGGUCGCCCAGCGGUAAUCCCCAACUCUCUUUGGCGCAAUCGUAUAUUCAGUGUGAUCUGCGCCGGUGUCUUCAUCAUCUGGGGUACCUUCAAUGCCGUGGAAACAUUCCAGACACUGUACUUCCAGGAUGUUCAAGAGAUCUCGCCUAUCCAAACAAGUCUGCGGUUUCUACCGACGCCUAUCGGUGGUGCACUGUCGAACGUAGUCAUGGGCCUCGUCGCGCACCGAGUCCGUGCUGACUUGGCCUGUCUGAUUGGCGUCGGUUUGACCAGUAUCGGCUCGCUACUCAUGUGUGUCAUCCAGCCGGAGUGGACGUAUUGGGCCUGUGCUUUCCCGGCUGUCUUUCUCAAUCCCGUUGGUGCAGAUGUCCUCUUCACUAUAUCGAAUCUGGUCAUUACGGCUGUCUUCCCAGCACGCGAUCAAGCACUUGCGGGGAGUGUGUUCAAUACCGUUGCUCAGAUCGGCAAGAGCGUGGGUCUUGCCACAGGUGCUGUCAUUGCAGCAAGCGUCACCCAACACUCGAAGAAUCCAGACAAGGAAAGUCCGACCGCACUGAUGGAAGGUUAUCGCGCUGCUUUCUGGUAUGUGUUUGCACUGAGUUGUGGCACAGGAGUUCUGUUUGCGUGGGGAUUACGGGGCAUUGGAAAGGUUGGCAUGAAGAGAGACUAGAUUACCAGAGCCGUGCCUUGUCAUCCUUAUCUUGUUUGGACCCAUGCAGAACAAUAUUUCCUGUAGAAAUAGGAAUGUUGUGUGCAAGUCGACUGUGGUCUGGCAUCAGUAGCGCACUUCACAGGCACUGAUCAGUGUGAAAAUUAUCACGGCAGAACGAUGAGACAGCAAU